AUGGAACAUCAAGGAAGAAGAACUCCAAAGAGUUGGGCUACAAUCGCUGAAGAGGGGUACUCUUCCUCAAGGUCCAAGGCUGCUCAGAUCAGGAGCCCAGUGCUUAGAUAUGUGCACAAGGCUCUUGCCAACACCUUCUUUGCAAGGAAAGCCACUGGACAAUCAAUGAGGAGAACUCCAAGCCUACAAGUCACAGCUUACAACACUAGGCACCAAAGAGGAAGAAAGCUUAAGUGUUGGAGGGGUCAUCACACCUAUCUUUGUGCAGCUGGAGUCAACUGGACAAGAGAAGGUCUACUCCACCAGGUUGGAUGGACAUCAAGUUUUGCAAGACCAACCUCCUCAUUGAGCACAAGGAGUUGGAUGGGAGAUUCCAAUUCAAGUUCACACCCAUUGGCUGGACCUCCAAGCUUCUCCUGCCCAACCCUGAGCUCACCACGGUCUAGGGGUGAGAACAUUGACUUCAGACCCCCUGUGUACACAUUAGUUGGGCAUGAAGAGAUUUGCGAGAAGAGGAGCCUGAGCUCGAUCGAGCUGAGGAUCGAGCUGAGGUCGAGCUGA